AACUAAUAACUGUGAAUUGUGGAGGCACGUUUGGUUGUACUGUGGUCCCAUUUGGUUUUAUGACACUGAACUAGUUAUUCGCGUUCUUGGAUUAAUAUCUAAUUGACUUUCUGAUUACUAGCGGGCAGAACAUGUUUCUUGAAUUCUCGCUGAUUCCAGGAAAUAUAAUUCCACAAAAGCCUUCCGAAUUCGGUUGGACAAUGUUUUCACGGGUUUACUUAAAUGGAUUUUAACAUUUUGCAUUCCUCAACUGCGCAUGAUGCCAGACCGUUCCUUUAGUCAGGCAAAUAAUUCAGGUGAAGAAAGUCACGUGAUCUCGAAUGCGGGUAGCUUUUGCGAACUAGAUGACCAUGUUUGUCCUUCUGAUAAUAAUCUCAGUCGUCUUUCACCGCCAUCUGCUACUUUCCUAAUUCAUGGAUCAGAGAUUCCUCACCAUGCUCCUGCUCCUCCUAUCAGGUCUUCAAGUACAUUGUGAGUCUUCACGAAACGUUUUAUUCCUGAAAAUGUUCUGAGAUUUGAGUUUUCUUCCCUGAUUGAGUUACUAAUAUAAAAUAAUUUAUCACUGUCUAGUCUGUUAGGACGAGUGCUUAAAGGGGAGGUUGUGGUUUUUGUCGGUCAGAUUCAACUGAUGGGCAUCUUGUACUUGUUUUUCCUUUUUGACGUGAAUGAAAAAUUCGCAGUAGACCAUUCGCAACUGGUUAUUGUAGUCUGUAACAAUCCAAUUACUACUAAGCCACUACGGAAGAAGAUUAGCCAGCGAUAGUUUGCUGAUAAACUUGACAGUUAUAACACCAGCUCAUAAUAAUCGACGAGACAAUAAUUUACAAAGAAUCUUGGUGAACUUGGUAAACUUUACCAUCUUACUAGGGUCAGGAGAGUAUUCGAGGUUACAAGUCAAAGUUAGGGAUUGGAGUUAAGGUUUUCCAUCACGUACUAAUGUCAGCUAUAAUUCCAAAGUGUCAUUUGACUGCGUGAAUGACUGGAUUUCGUGCCAAAAUUCAAGACUUGCUGUCCAUAAGUUAUGGUCUCGCCUAUCAGAGAUAGCUGUAUUAGUCAUAAUUUACCUUCAAAAGUAAGUCGCUACUCAACUUAGGAUGCUGUGUUCUACAUCCUUAUUUAUUAGUUUCCCCACAGUAAAAUUGCCAAACAUAUUUAACUACACGUAAAGUUAAGUGACUCAAAUUGACCCUUAAAAUUUUAUAAUCAGUGUUAGCCAACUAAAGAGAUGAGUUGAGUUUCAUUCGUCAGACUGAAAUCAGUCCAUUUUUAAUGUUUGGCUAUAUGAUUAUGUUUUUUUUCUCCUCCAUCACACAAAACUGUAAGUAGUUUAUACGAUCCUAACCUAAUUCCGCAUUUGUAUGGAUAAGAUAAUGGUCUACAAAAUUAGAUUAGUAGACUAUUUUAAAACCACACCCUAAUCUGUCAGGGUAUCUUGGAGUUCCUAUUGUCUAGUACAUCACUAAUAGUCUAGUUGAGAUUUAUUUAUACAACUCCAGAUGAAUCAGUCCUUAUUCAUUAAUUCAGGGAACAUAAUGUUGACACAACCCAUCUUACAUGUCUUUGAGUUAAUAUCUUCAUACAGCUGCUCCCAAGCUGAUCCUUCUAUAUCCACAUGGAUCCGUGUUUUCAGAAAGCGGUGUAAGUAAACUAUUUGAAUCAAGGACGUCAGCUAAACUUCGUAUUUCUAAAGUGCAAAUCUCAUCCCUAAAAAUAAUGUUGUUACGGUAUUUCAACACUUCAUAUUUGACUUCGCUUCAGCUUUGCUAUACUCGUCUAAAUUUGGCACAAUUUAAAUAUCAAUGUGUAUCCUCGGAGAUCGAUUGUUAGUUUUAUGAAGAACCUCGAAAUGUAAUGUUCGUUUCUCAUAUGGUUGAUACGCCCGUGCACCAAACUCCAAUACUGUGAAUGAGACCAUUAUAUCCUCUUCUUUCCUAAUACACCAGAGUGAGUGUAGUACUUGUUGGUCAAGACAUUAGGAGAAUUAUCUGCACAAGUGAAAACACAUUGAAAGUCCAUGAACAAAAUUCACUGAAUAAAUUAAUGUAACAAAAAUGUGUUGACAAUUGACCUUAAACUGAUAUGCGAACUUAAAACUGGUUUUUUCAUAAGUUAUAUUUGGGACUUCUACAUCCUCAACAAUGAUGUUACCAUAUUUGUACCAUAGCUCAUUCAACUUGCUUGUAAAUGAUGUAUCUUACUACAUUAGAUCAGUUAUUUGCUGACUAUUGUCUUGGUCAGGUCAAUAAUUAAAGUUUAACGCAAAUCGGUAACCAAAUGUACGUUCAUGUGUUUUUAGCCACCAACGUUUUAUAAAGACUAGUAUUACUGUCAUGUAUCAAAAUGAAGCAAAGCUCUUAACUGUAGCUCAACGACUGAAAGUCGAGUCCUUUAAGUAUUAAACAACUCCAAGCUGUAUUCUCUUCUUCGUCUACUCCUAAAUCCAAUUAACGGUCGUUCAGUAUAAACUACGUUAAUAAAUGCACAGUCAACUGUAGCUGUUAAACUAAAUUAGGGAAAACUCGUUGGUUUGGUUAUUACUGAUCUGAAACCAUUUCUAUGUUUUAUCAGUGCCCUAACAUGUAAAUUGUAAAUGUAGACAUUAUUGGCGGACACCAAUUUAUCGUGGUUAUCUUCAAAGUGAAAUUUUUGCUCUAGUAAAAAAAUAAACAAGGUUUGGUGGUUGGAUAAGACAUUCCCAAACUACUGCCUAAAUGUAUUUGUUCAUCAUGACUGUUCGCGUCCCCUAAUUUUUAUUUAACUUUGUUUUAAGUAUGCUCUUGGAAACAACAAUAUUCACCUAACGUAGAGACUCCCUUAUCCACACCAGCUACGGAGACAUAGGUUUUUUGGUAGGAAUAUUGACACCAGUUCUUAAUCGCCCUGAGUAGCAAUUAAAAGAGGAUUUAGAAUGCGUUUACCUCCCUCUAAAUGCAAAAUGUUGCUCCAGGAGUAGUCUUUCUCAAUGUAUAUUCUUAUCAUAGGGACUAAAGUAACUAGUGGCAAGGGCAAUAUGACUUAUUGAAAGCCUUAUCACCCAUGAUAGUUUAGGGAGUAACGAAAUCUCAACUCAUUCACAUCUCUUCGGCUUUUACCAGUGACGCAUAUAUAUUUGGUGCCCCUUUGUACCAAUAUCUGUGUUCAAAUAAAUCACAUGAUUCACGCAUGAUGUCUUCUAAUCAAAAGAUUUACAUAAUAUACAGCGGUCCAUCGUAUGUUGCUCUAAGACUGGAACGGUCUAUAUAGCGGAAAUAUGCGUAAACUGCAAGUACCUGACCAUAGAUAUCUUCGAAGUAUUGCUUAUGUAUGGUAGUUGUGCCUUAGUAGUUAAAGAACUUUCAACUAGAAAAUCGCAGAUUCGAACCACGUUUUAUCUACCUUUGUUUGCAAAGCCAGUUUGGAUCAUUAACCAGCACAGUCUCAGAGUAUAUAAAACCUUUACUUGGUGAAUAAGUAUGCAGCCAUCGGGUGAACAGUGCUAGUUGUACAGGACAUUACAUGCAAGUAGCAAUUCGAUUUGUGAAGCUUUAAGUAUUCAUAGACUGAGUUAGCUAAGAUAUGCGUUAAUUAUACCUAACCAUUACGUACCUCAACACAAUAAUGACAGAUAAUAAGAGGCUGGAGAAAAGCUAGGGGUGCCCAAACCAAAACGUGACGUUACUCCAUGAAGUCGUCGACUUUUUAUCUGAACCGACUGCUAUUUGUGGUUUGAAACAUUGGUAGAUAGCUCAAAAUCGGUCGCUGCGGCACAAAUCCAUUCAUCUUGCAUUUUCAGAAUAUUAGUACUUUUUAUUCUGUUUUCAUUCUUCCUUUUCAAAGUAAGUUCGCAAUGCCUAGUUUUUUAUUAACAAGCACUACUACUUCAACCACUUUGCUAUUUCAUCUUGUCUUUCUAACGUGGUGUAGCACAUCUGUCUCAGAUUCUACAAAGUUUAUGGUUAACGGGUUGACUUGGUAUGUUCUAGUAGACUUAGAUAAAAUGAUCGUCUUCAUCUCGUUGUCUCUCCAUCCUAAGUGUUUUUCUUAAACGGAAUUAUCAGGUUGUGCAACUUGUAUAAUCGAUUUGUCAAGUCUAGGGUGGAACAUCCUGUGGUGUAACUCGAGUGUUUCAACAUGUUUAGAUCAUUAAAAUUAUGUGAAUUUUUGAACAAGAUAGACAAGGCUUUAUUUGAUAUCCACGUGACCUAGUGAGCGAAGCAGCAUAUGCAAUAACUCAUUCUAUUGUUAUCUACUGAUUCUCAACAGUUGCUUGAUAUUCUUCACUAACAGAAUUAACAAACUAUUCAUUCUGCUUGAUCAGUUAUGCUAACCGAAGAAAGUGCUGUAGGUAGGAUUUUUUCACAAAAUGCAUAAUUCCAAGUUUUGCACUCUCGUUUGAAGUUAGUUACAUUAAAUUAAGCGUUUAUACUCUGUUUCAAUCAAGCGUUGCUCUGUAACACCUUGAGAAUCCAGCCGAAGCACUUAUGGUAUACAACAUGUAUAAGUCAAUGAUCCGAUAAAUCGUUCGUGUUUUCUCCUGAUAAAGGUACGUUUGUUUUAUAAGUCGAUUGAAGUCUGAGUAGAAAGUCCAUGUGGAGUCUGAAGUAAACAUAAUUGCCUGCAACUUCAUCCAUAACUAAGUCGAGAAAAAGAUGAAAGUAAAUAUUUCAGGCUUUCAUCACUGGUUUUCGGUAACUAAAUAAUUAUGUAUCGUCCGUCAACUAAUAUUAUACGUUCAUGUAAAAGGCAGUUUAGUUAUUCGUUCCGUAUCUUCUUCAUGGACAGACUUCCAUAAGACGCCGUAGUCAAAGUGAGAUAUGGCCUUCUAGUGAAAUAAUACAUCUAAUGUGGGGCAUCAGUAUAUAUUCUUUUACUUAAAAACAGAAAUGAUCUAUGCUACUAACAUUACACCCUCAACCAGGCUAAUUUCCGGAAAUGUCUCAUUCUAUAACUAGUUGGGCGUUUGAUAACUGUAGGUCCUGGAAUUUUAAAAAGUAUAUUAUUCAGACAGCUCCAUUUCUGAUAAUUAAAAUCAUUCUCCACAACCACCUGUACUUACAAUCAUCAUGUAUUUACUAGUGUGGUGUGUGCUACUUAUAUUGACAUAAGUAGUAUGUGAUGUUUGUCGUGAACAGAAGGUCUGGCAGCAGAGAGACAAGAGGAUCGAACAGUAAAGAAUGAAAACAGGAUGCAAUUUGUAUGAAAAUGCAAGAACAAUGAAGUCUGGGUCAUUUUGAGACGAUUGGUGGACAUUUUGCAAAUUAAGCAUUUACUUUAUGAUUGUUAUAUUUUAUUAACAAGUCCUGUAAUUUUGUGUUAAAUACAUUCGAUUGUCCCCACCCGUGUUCUGUUCACUACACUAGUGGCAAAAUUCAAGUAGUAAUUGUCGAGAUUCUAGCGAGAAAGCGUGACCACGGGGGACCUGACCGUGUUAAUCAUUUGACAAAUAUCACCAAUUGGAAUGGUUGUAUAAUAUUAUAAAAUGACUGAAUUUAGAUAUCUAAACUGCUGUAUCUCAACUCAGGGGUCUAAAAGCCAAGUGCUGUCCGCGUGACCUAAAAGUUGUGGGUUCGAUCCCUAUCGGGGUCGUGAAUGGACUCUUUUUGAUCUUUGUUCUAAAACAAAGCAGUUGUCCAAUACCUUUUAGUAUUUAUUAGUUGUCUGACUCAAGUUAUUACGUCGUAUAAACCUACUUAUUACAAAGGUGCUUACUUUAGAUUGUAUAUCAACUUCAAUGAUGUACUAAAUAAAUGAAAGAUAUAUUUCAAUACGAGUUUUAGUAACAUAUUACUGUCAUUUUGUAGGCGUAAAAAGAACAAACCUGUUUUGCCUCCAUCAAAACCUUUGCCAACUCCACCUGGGAAAGAAGAGAAAAAGAAAAAGAAAGUGAAAAUGUUCCGAUUUCCUAAAUUUGGUCGAUCGGAAAAAACUGAACCACAAAUUUCUGGUCCUACAGAAGUUACGCAUAACCUACAUGUGGCAUUUGAUAAGUCCACAGGCGAAAUCAAGGGUCUUCCUAUUUCAUGGCAGAUGCUUUUAACAGCAUCAAAUAUAUCACGAACAGAACAAGAAAAGAAUCCAGAAAUCCUUCUUGGCGUACUACAAUGUUUUGAUGAAUCGGCUAAACAGAAAGAUAAAUAUAUGACAAAUGUGUCUGUCAUUACAAAUUCCUCUGGCUCCGUUGAAUCGAUGAAUUCCAACUCCCGCUCCUGCUCAGUUUCCUCUCAAAGUAUGCCAAUCGCACCAGGUCAUUGCGACAUCAGCUAUUUACAUUCGGGCUCCUAUCAAUCUGCUUCAUUUAAUUCUACGACAUUAUCAUCUGCACCUAUUUCAGCGGAGGAAAAUAAUUUAAUUAUGUCAAUGGCUGAAACUAGUUUAACAGGAAUGACAAUAAUUUCCAGUGCUUUACCGGCAACUACACAUUCUUGUGCGGGUAGCAAUAGCAGCGGCCGUGGUAGCAGUUGUACCACUAACAGUGGCAGCGUUGGUGGUCGUGGUGUAAGUGGUGGUGUUCCAAAUGGUUUAAGCGCUGCAAGUUUAGUAGAACUAACUUCUAAUCACACUCACAUGUGUCCUUCAGGGUCUGGAAGAAGAACAAGCACAGGAGGUGCCGUAUUUUUGGGUGGUAUUAGUCCAACCCGUACAUUUGGUGGACGUGCAAGUGGUUCGACAAUUCCUGAAAUGUCUCCAGCACUUGGGAAUCAUAGAAGCAUUAACAAUACAGGAGAUAUCGCUCGUUCUGGGCCAGACUCCAUGAUAUCAGCGAAUUCAGGAACCCUUACAAAUGGACAACUUCUCAAUCAUAGCCGUCAUGCUAGAGAUGCCAAUUUAGCUAGUGAUAAUCAUAAUGGUCAUUCAACUGUAUCUGUUCCUGCUCUUCCAAUUACAUAUGAUGUUAGUCUUGGUGAACUUAGCAGCAGUCGUAGCAGUGGUUGUUCACUAUCUUGCUCUGGUGCUAGCGGAAGUGUCAGUAUUUCUGGUUUAGCAAGUUCAGCUAGUAUGGUUGGACAUUUAUUUGGAGGUAUAAAUAGUAAUGAGAACAGUCCUACAAGUAUUCUUCCGCCUAGUAUGUUACCAUCUCAAUCACCGUUACCACAUAACAACUGUUGUUCAUUUGUCUCCUAUCCACCAUCAUCAUCACCACCGCCUGUUCCACCUCAUGCAACUACUGUCGUAUUAAGAAAUUUAGAUUUUUCUGAAAGUUGUACAAAUAAUUUUGAAAUUAGUAGUGUUAAAGAAGAAGGUACUCUACGGCAUACAUCUUCAUUUCAUAAUACAAUCUCUGAAUCAUCUACAUGUUUACCAUUUCAUGGAGAUAGAUUAGUUCCAGAAUCCUGUAUAAUGGUCGGAGAAUCUUCUUCCGAUGAAGAAGAAGAGGAUGAGGAUAUUGAAGAUGAAGAUCACGAACAAGAAGAGUAUGAAGAAGAUGAGGAGUUAGGUGAAGAUGAAGAAGAGAGCGAGAACGAACAAAGUGAAUUAAGCAAUAAUGAAAUAACUACAUCUCAGGCUACUGUUGAAUGGAUGACAAGCAGUGGAACUUGUAGUAAUCUACCUACUCCAAUGACUAUGUCCAAGGGAUCUGAAAAUGGUGUUACCAGUGAAGCUUUUGAUAAUCGGAAUGGUGUACUCGCUUCAAACAAAACAACAUCAACAAAUAGUGAGAAUAUACCAAAUUUGGUCAGUACUAGUAAAGAUAGUGGGACAUCGAAGAUCAUCCAGUCAUCAACUUCCGAUAGAAAUGUUCCACCAGCUGUUCCAGUCAAACCACAGGGUUUAACACAUGUGUUUCGCACACAACAGCAAACUAAAAUACACCAAUCUCCUCAUUUCUUCCCACAUCAACCGCCUACAAAUAAAAUAGAUUCAAGUAACACUCCUACGAUUACAACAACUACCACUUCUGCUGCUGAAGAUGUAGCCAAAUCGACUACACCUAGUGCACCUAGGCGUCGUACUGGGAAUCAUCGAUUAACAGAUCAGCAGGUACAUGAUAAAUUAAGAGCUAUUGUAAGCAAAGGUGAUCCAUAUCAAAAAUAUCGUAUGGUAGAUAAAAUUGGUCAAGGGGCAUCUGGUGUGGUAUAUAGUGGAUAUGAGAUUGCCACUGGCAGUUUAGUGGCUAUUAAACAAAUGAAUUUAGCUCAACAGCCUAAAAAAGAAUUAAUCAUUAAUGAAAUUUUGGUUAUGAAGGCUAAUCGUCAAGCAAAUAUUGUAAAUUAUCUAGACAGUUAUUUAGUGUCCACUUCAGUCUCUACCAAUAUGGAUCAUCAUCAGCAUUACAUGAACGGUUCAAAUCACAAGUACCAACAAUCAACUCACAAGGAUGAUAGCCUCAAUUCAUCAACAAUUAGUUCAGGCAAUUCAUCUAAAGGUGAAGAACUAUGGGUUGUCAUGGAGUAUUUAGAUGGUGGCUCACUGACCGAUGUUGUCACUGAGACGUGUAUGGAAGAAGGACAUAUUGCUUCAAUUUGUCGAGAGAUACUUCAUGCCCUUGAAUUUCUUCACGCAAAUCGCGUCAUUCAUCGUGAUAUCAAAUCAGACAAUAUUCUUCUUGGAAUGGAUGGAUCUGUAAAACUGACUGAUUUCGGCUUUUGUGCACAAUUAAGCAAUGAUGGAACUAAACGUUCAACUAUGGUUGGCACACCGUAUUGGAUGGCACCAGAAGUUGUUUUACGUAAACAAUACGGUCCAAAGGUGGAUAUAUGGUCAUUAGGUAUUAUGGCCAUUGAAAUGGUAGAUGGUGAACCACCCUAUCUAAAUGAAAAUCCUGUUCGAGCAUUGUAUCUUAUCGCUACCAAUGGUAAACCGGAAAUUAAAGAACGUGAUCGCUUAUCAAGCACAUUUCUUAAUUUCCUCGAUCGUUGCCUAGAAGUGGAUGUAGAACAAAGGGCUACGGCGAAUGAAUUAUUACAACAUCCAUUCAUAUGCAGAUGUUCUAAACCAUUGAGUUCAUUGAUUCCACUGAUCAAUUUAGCCAGAGAACAGAAAUAAUUUAACCCCUGAAUCUCAAUACAGAAUCAAGAAAACCAAUUAAUUUUUGUAUAUUGUUUCCUAAAAAAAAAUCUCUUUUCCUCAAAUCUCUUUAUUCUGUAAUCACAAUUCAUUUUUACUCUCUAUAAAUGCAUAUUAUAAUAUUAAUGAUUCAUAUUACAUUAAACAUAUACUCUUAAAAAGUAGUAAUAAUAAUAUUCACAAACUAUGGUUAUCAAUAAUGAUGAAUAAAUCUAAUCUACUCAUUUUGGUUCUAUUCACAUUUAAAUAUUCACCUAUUAUUGUAUUACAUUUUGAAGUCAUAGUAAUUUUUCCUGUGCUGUUUCCUUUUCUCUCUCUCUCUCUCUAACACACAGAAAGUACAGCCAUUCACUUGAUUGUACAUUACAGUAUUUAAUCAUAGUACCGAUUAUGUUUUUUUAUCAAGGUUAAUACCACUUACUCGUGUUUGUUAAGCUUUCCCAUUCACUUUUCUAUUCUAAUAUAAUUUUGUUUAUAAGUCAAAUUAUUAACAAGUGUAAUAUAAUAAAAAAAAGUAAUAAUAAUACACUUAGGAAUCACAAUUAAUUACUUAAUAAUCUCUUUUUAAUUAAUACAUCACUCAAAUGAAUUAAUGUGAACAUUCAUAACCAUCCAUUGGGUUUUUUUUCUUGAAUUUUACACAUAUAUGUAUUCUAUGUGGUUUUAAAACACAACUAUUCGCUGUCUUUAUACUCACACAUUCAUCCACUCACUGUUUAUCUUCUCGUUAAUUGUCAAGUUUUAUUUUUAUUGCUCACAUUAUUAAACACAUAAUGAUUCUUUUUUCUCUGCUCUUUUCUUUCCGUCAAAUAUGUUUACAUACAUGAUUUUGUAGGGUAUUAAAUUUCGAGUAUGUUUUUAUUGCUUAUUCUCAAUUUCAUUGUCAUUUGUACACAAUAGAUCUGAUUUAUCUGGGUUGACUGGCCAAAAGAAGAAUAGAACACAUUGAAAAACAGACAUUAGGUUUUAACUAUUUAAGCGCCUUUUUUCUCUUCGAGUAACAAUAGUAUGUUACAUUUAAAAUCUUUCACUGAUUAAACUGGAAUGAAGAAUACACUUCUACAUGUAACAUAUCUCGCCAAUUUUCAAGGGAUAUUUCUCAUACAUACAAUUUCUUCGGCUUCUUUAUCUUUCGGAAAGGAGAGAAGUUGUCAGUAACUACUCGCUUUUCAUUAUGCAUCAUUGUACACUUCUUUCUACCACGUUGUACUUGUUUGCUUGUUUCAACUGAAGAUCAUUGUUUUAUGCUGCGAGUGGUGUUGCUACAUCGCUUACUUACUACCAAUUAAGUGUAAGUACUAUGACAAUGACAGCUUCUACUUUGUAAUGAUCUUUUUUAUUUUUUUCAUUUGUGUUUUUCUUCAACUUUUUAUUUGUUGUUUACUCUUCGAAAUGACACACAUUAUAUCUACAAAAUACCUUUU